AUGUCAAAACCUUCAAUCCAUUUUUGUACAAAGUACACCAUCGACAAGAUGCGCAAUUCAGGUCAAACUCCUACUCUAACAGAAUUGCAACAAGCUAUUCUUAGUGAGGCAAAAUACAACAGUAACUGGUCUGCAGCAGUUAUCUUGUUUGAAGAUUUUGAUAGAAUUGUGUGGGAAAGACUAACACGUUUGCUUGACAAAAACAAUGACAAAACAACCGGACAAUCUAAUAAACAAACCUUAAAAGAAAUAUGGUUACAAACAUCUAUUGCAUUGCAACCAUUAUCUAUUACCGAAUUAAAAUAUGUUAGACAAGUUUACCAGAUUAUGGUUAGAUAUGCACCUACUAUCAAAGAUGUAAGCUAUUAUUAUCUUCAUCUACUCAAAAAUCACAUAGAAACUCCUAUUCUGGAUGCUGAAGUUGUCAAUCAUUGUUUGAAUUCAUUGAUUUACCAUAUUUCCUUGAGUAAAGAUACAGACUAUUUGACAAGAGGUUUGGAUCUUGUGAAGAUUGCCUUGGGACGUAAUAUGGGUACAGAUAAGAACAAUGUUUUACAAAGUGUAUCAAAAGGAAUUUUGAAAUUUAAUGGCGUUAGAAUAACAAAGAACGGAAAAAAUAUAGAAAAAGAGAGACCAAAUGACAACAAUUUCGUUAAAAUUCGUCCUAGAAAAAAAUCAAAAAAUAGAAAAUUUGGCAAAAAUGGCACUGUUGAUGGUGGAGGUGGUAGUAGUGCUGACGAAAAGAAUGCCGAGAAUGAUGAAUGGAAUAAAAAGGAAUACCCCCCAAAUUGUCAACAAAUUCAACAAGAACAAGAUAACUCUGAGGUCAUUGGAUCUUUAUUCAUUAAAAAAUAUAAUAAUGAUGAAGUAUCAUCAACAUUGUCUUCUCAACAGAAUUAUAAAUUUGAUGAAUUGGAAAGUGAAACUGAAUUCAUUAUUGAUGGUCAUAAAAAAACGAAAAAUAAUCAAUAA